CGGGGAUGUCCACCGGGGCCUGCUGGGGUCGGGCGCUCUCCUUGCUCUCCGCACCCGCGCGCGAUCCUCGGGAGACCCAGAAGCGACGCCCAGGGCACUGUGCCCAUUUUACACCGGGGAGACUGAGGCUCGGAGUGAGACUGUCGGCCCUCAGUUGCCCUGCCCAAUGAAGGUGUAGGGGGGUCGGCUGAGCCCGCAGGUCCCGCCCUUCCUACAGUCUAGAUGGCAGUGGCGCCGACGAACCGUGCGCGGGGUCUGGUGACAUUUGAGGACGUGGCUGUGUAUUUCUCCCAGGAGGAAUGGAGGCUACUUAAUGUUACCCAGAGGCACCUGUACCGUGAUGUGAUGCUGGAGAACUAUGAGCUCAUUAGUUCACUGGGUUGUCUGUGUGGAGUGGAAGAUGAAGAGGAUCCUCUUGAGCGGGUGAAGAGCAGUAGGGCCCACCCAUCAGGACAGCCCUUCAUAUGUGGGGAAUGUGGCAAGGACUUCCAGGCCAGCUUGGGCUUUGUUCAGCAACAGGCCUCCAAGGGCAUGGGGAAGCUGCAGAGGAGUAUCACGGAGACCUUCCCUCAUAGCUCCAGUCUCAGGCAGCACCCAGGAGUCCACACCAAGCAGAAGUCCUUCAUGUGCACCAGCUGGGGCAGAUCCUUCCUGAAGAGCCCUGCCCUCCUCAACUAUCUGAGAACUAACACUGAAGAGAGAUCUUAUGGAUGCUUAACAGGUAGAAAUGCCUCCAAGGAGAAAUCAACAUUUAUUACUCAGAGAAAAAUUCACACUGGAGGAACAGCCCAUAUGUGUAAGGAGUGUGGGAAGGCCCUCAGUCUCCCAUCUAAAUUGUGCACCCAUCAGAAAGUUCACACUGAAACAAAACGUUACAAGUGUGGUGAAUGUGGGAAAACAUUCAGCCACAAAUCCACGCUUGUUCAGCACCAGAGGAUUCAUACAGGGGAAAGGCCUUAUGAGUGCAGUGAAUGUGGGAAAGCCUUCAGCCUCGCAUCUACCCUAAUUCGGCAUCGAAAAGUUCACACUGGUGAAAGACCUUAUAAGUGCACUGAAUGUGGGAAAUUCUUUAGCCAAAACUCCAACCUCAUUCGGCACCAGAGAGCUCACACUGGAGCAAGGCCUUAUGAAUGCACUGAAUGUGGGAAGGCCUACAGCAGAAUCUCUUGUCUCAGUCGGCACCAGAAGGUUCACAUGAGGGAAAAGCUAUAAGAGAAAGUGCCUCCUAUAUGGGAAAGCCUUCACUGAAAUAUCCACACUUGU